AUGGAAAUCGACCCGCAGCUGCAACACACGCGAGACGGGGAGCCUCAACGGCCUUUUUACACGCCGACCCGACCGACAAUGGGCACAGGCCCGGAAUACCCGGAGCCACCCUCCCACGCACCUCUGAACCCUUACCAAAGCCGGGAUAUACAUAGCGAUGGGCACGGGCACGGCCAUGGACACGGGGACACGCACCCAUCAUUCGGGAUGGGUCCAGACAGCAAUCAGUCUCCAGAGCCGCACGACGGAUCAGGCGACGUCAAGCGGUCGCGGGCGUGCGAGCCCUGCCGACAGCUGAAAGUGCGCUGCGACCCAGAUCCAACGCACCCGGAGGGGUCGUGCAAGCGGUGCGCGAAAGCGCGACGGACAUGCGUCGUGACGGCGCCGACGCGCAAGCGACAGAAAAAGACCGACAGCCGGGUAGCGGAGUUGGAGCGGAAAAUCGAUGCUCUGACGGCGACGCUGCAGGUGUCGAAUUCAACUGGUGCGCUGUUCUCUGGUGGGGCGGGGCAUCAGCCGUCACCGUCUGGACAGCGGGAUGAGCAGCUGGUUGGUCGGAGGUGGAUGGGUGGGGAGUCGAAGCUAGCCGGGAGCAAACGGCAGCAUACCGGCGAAGUUAAGGAUUCGUCUGGUGGGUUGCUAGCGCCACGGUAUUCGCGGCCGGGUAGUCCAUCUGCGGAACAGAUUCCUAGCCAUGCAUCGAAGCAUUGGCGUAGACCUGUUGGUGGUGAUUCUGCACCGCCGCCGAAACCCGAGGCUAGCAAUGAGUUUGCUGAUAUGAUCGACCGGGGGAUUAUAGAUUACACCACUGCCAACGCGGCGUUUGAGCGAUGGCACCAGAGAUGCCUUUUGUUGUUUUUCCCGCCGGGGACUACGAUGAGCGAGGUUCGACGCAACAAACCUCAUUUGUUCCUUGCGAUCAUCGCCGCUGCUGUUGGCGUCUUUAGUCCCGACGCACAGCUGACCCUCGUGAAUGAAACAUAUCGUUUGAUCGCUGAGUUUGUUGUUAUCAAAGGCCAAAAGUCACUUGAGCUGGUUCAGACUAUCUUGAUAUGUUCUAUCUGGUAUCUGCCACCAGAUAACUUCGACGAGAUCAAGUUCUAUUCUUUGACGCAUAUGGCUGCGGUCAUGGCGAUGGAACUUGGAUUGAACCGCCCCAUUUCUGGAAAUAGACGGAGCUUCAAUAUGAUCCGCGAACUGAUCAUGAAAAAGCCAACGGGUCCGGCAUUUGAUCCAGAUGGACCGGAGGCAAGACGGACUUGGGUUGGCUGCUAUUACUUACCUGUCCAGAUGUCGGCGGCUCUGAGGAGAGUACAUUUGAUCACCUGGCAACCGUACAUGGAUGAGUGCCUUGAUAUUCUGGAAAAGCACCCGGAUGCCCUGCCCUCCGACCGGAAAUUGAAAUGGUGGGCAAAGCUGGGAGCGAUAAUGGAGGAUGCUGGGCAUCGCUUUUCUGCGGAUGAUCCCGGGUCCAUUUCUACCUUCGCGGACAGUAAUGCGUGGUAUAAUAUAAAAUUGCUUGAAGGUCGAUUGGCGCAGUGGAGAGGAGAGGUCCCGGAGGAACUUUACACUGGAGCAAUGGUUCACACAGAACGUGUCCUGAAUCUCUUCGUACAUGAGUCUGCCAUGAGCGUGGACUACAACACAGGCAACAAUUCUCCAUCUCAGAAUGAGUUGCACACGUCAUCAAUUGCGGCGGUUAUGGAUACGCUGACUACAGCCAUCCGCUGCAUUCACGAAAGUCUGGAUACCAUUUGCGCCAUUGAGAUUGACCAACUUAUAUCUUUGCCUACGACAUCAUUAGCGCGGACGACGUAUCCCGUGGUCAGUUUGAUAAAGAUAUACUCACUGUUCAUGUCGCCGGACAGCCGAAUCGGGCAGAUUCUCGACGUGCAGAGUCUUAAACUGGAUUACUAUCUGGAUAAAGUCAUCGCACAUUACCGUGCCGCCGCGGCGCGUGAUGGUGGCCGUGGAGCGGCGAAAUUUGGAAACAUAAUGGUGCUGUUACGCAAUUGGUUUAUUAAAAAGCGUGACCAGGGAGAUCAUGGUCGGGAAUUAAAAGAGGCUUUUUCAAAUGAUCAGAAACCCUCCGAUCGCCGACAGACACAUCGGGGCCAUGAUACUCCGACCGCGGCAACUGCCAAUUCAAGAGCGCAGAUGGCACCGGGCAUGACACCCCUCCAUUUCCUCAGCGAAGUAGCCAUGGGUGACCCAGCACACCGAUCGAAUAAUCCCAAUCCCCAGCGUUCGAUAACCGGACAAUCUUAUUCCUCAACCCACAGUCCGAAUUCAACAGUCAACCCAAUGACAACGCCAGGAUCAUCCAGUUUCGGGCCAGACCCACCCCAAACCAGCUGGUCUGGCGCAUCAUACUCAACCAGUCUCCCGAGUUCAGACAACCAAAUCGAGACAAGAGGUUUCUAUCAACCCUAUCCAUCCACGGAACUCACACAGAACUACCCAGAUCUACCGUCAAGUACGCAGACUCAAGGAUUCCCGGACAUGUCCACCGUGGCUGGGAUGCAACUUGCUCCUCCGAUGGGAAUGGCACCUGAUGUAGGCAUGGACCCGAAUGUCACUGAUCCUUGGUUUACGUUGGGGACUAUGAUGGAUGAUGGAUUGUUUACAUUCCCACUUUCUUUGGAUGGGAAUUUCGGAUUAUUCUAA